GUGCCCAUUAACCCCAUUUUCAAUCCAGAAGCUGGGAGCUGCCCAGACUGAGAUUCCACUUUCCCUUUCUUGAACAAUACCUAUAAGAAAUCCUCAAGUACACUCUACCUAUUUGACCAAACUUUCAGGGUGGAAUAUUCCUUGCACCUUGCCCAAAUCCUGUACUCUAAUAUUAUAAAUUUCUUAUAAAAGUUGGUUUCUUUUUCUGGGAGAUUUGAGAUUGGAACUUCAUCCCAAUCUAAAAGAAUGGGCUACUUGAAGCUCGGAUUUUUAUGCUUGGGAUUGGGCUUGAUCUUGAGUUUUUCUCUGUUGUGUGAUGCUGGGGUGACCAGUAGCUAUGCGAGGAAGAAUGGGUUGAGCUCAGAAUCCUCAGAUAUUGAUGAUAUGCCUUUGGAUAGUGAUGUCUUCACAGCCCCUCCUGGUUACAAUGCCCCCCAGCAGGUCCAUAUAACACAAGGGGAUUAUGAAGGGAAAGGUGUGAUUAUCUCUUGGGUUACACCCGAAGAGCCUGGCUCGAAAACGGUGGUUUAUUGGGCCGAGAAUAGCAGUGUCAAGAGGCGUGCAGAUGGCGUUGUCGUGACCUACAAGUUUUAUAAUUACACAUCCGGCUAUAUUCAUCACUGCACCAUCAAGGGUUUAGAGUACGAUACAAAAUACUAUUAUGAACUAGGGGUCGGGGAUGCAAAACGACAGUUUUGGUUUGUUACUCCUCCCAAACCUGGACCGGAUGUUCCCUAUACAUUUGGUUUAAUAGGGGAUCUCGGUCAGACUUAUGAUUCCAACGCCACAUUGACACAUUACGAAUUGAACCCUGUAAAAGGACAAUCGUUGUUGUUUGUUGGUGACCUUUCGUAUGCAGAUAGGUACCCGAAUCACGAUAACAACAGAUGGGAUACGUGGGGAAGGUUUGUGGAGAGAAGUACUGCAUAUCAACCGUGGAUUUGGACUGCUGGAAAUCACGAAAUUGAUUUUGUUCCCGAUAUUGGUGAAACCGUGCCGUUCAAACCUUUCACGCAUCGGUAUUUUAUGCCAUUUGAAUCGUCGGGGAGUACUUCUCCUCUUUGGUACUCGAUAAAAAGAGCUUCAGCGCAUAUCAUUGUCAUGUCUUCUUACUCGGCUUAUGGUACAUACACUCCUCAGUGGAAAUGGUUGCAAGGCGAACUACCUAAAGUUAACAGAAGCGAGACGCCAUGGCUAAUCGUGCUCAUGCAUAGCCCGAUGUAUAGUAGCUAUGUGCAUCACUAUAUGGAAGGGGAAACCAUGCGAGUGCUAUAUGAACCCUGGUUCGUGCAGUACAAAGUCGAUGUUGUUUUUGCUGGUCACGUUCACGCAUACGAACGAUCUGAACGUGUAUCAAAUAUCGCCUACAACAUUGUAAACGGGUUGUGCAGUCCAAAGAAUGACAACUCUGCCCCCGUUUAUAUCACCAUAGGAGACGGGGGGAAUUCAGAAGGAUUAGUCACCGAGAUGACACAGCCACAACCAAGUUACUCUGCUUACCGAGAAGCCAGCUUUGGCCAUGGCAUCUUCGAUAUCAAGAACAGGACUCACGCGCAUUUUGGUUGGCAUCGCAAUCAAGAUGGGUUGGCGGUUGAAGGUGACUCGCUUUGGUUUAUUAACCGGUAUUGGAUGUCGAAGGAAGAGGCAUCUGUAUCUGCAGUGUGAAAAUCUGCAGUUGAACUAAGUUGUUUGUUAUGUAGAUUAUGAACUUUCUUUACCAAAUGCAUAAUAAUGUUCUGUUUCUGUA